UAUAUAUAUUUCUUCAACUGACAUUGUUGUUUUUGUGAUCCUAUCUUCUUCUAUUUCCAUCCUUAUAAAUGCAACAAUAUUGCAUGAUACAUUAUUUUCCAACACAUAUAACUAACUAGUAAGUCUCGGAGUGAGUUCGGGAUAUUGGCCAUGUCGGAAGCGGUAGGGCUUGAGCUAAGGUUAGGAUUGAUUCCGUGGAGUGCUGAUAAAAACCGCGGUGAGUGUAGUGAUGGUAAUGCUAAGAUGAUGAAGAAGAAGAAGAAGAGGGCUUUUGCGGAGAUUAUUAAUAAUGUUAGCAAAAUGAGUGGUGAAGAUGGUGUGGUUGGAUGGCCACCCGUGUGUUCAUACCGCAAGAGAGUGAGUGUGAGUAGCGGCUUGGGCAAAAUGUACGUUAAAGUAGGCAUGGAUGGUGCGCCCAUUCUGCGAAAGAUUGAUUUGAGUGUACACAAAGACUACGCUCAUCUUAGCUUGGCUCUUCAGAAGCUCUUUGCGUCUUUUAGGCUCGGUGACGAGUUGAAGGAUGGCGACGGCAAUGAAUAUGUUACUAUUUAUCAAGACAGGGAUGGGGACUGGAUGCUCGUCGGAGAUGUCCCCUGGGAGAUGUUUACUAAAUCAUGCAAGAGAUUAAGAAUAAUUAAGAGAGCAGACAUCAAGGACACUGGACUUCAUUUCAUCAUGCGGAAUGAUGCCUCACCAAAACAACGAUCACAACUUAAUGGAUAACUUUCUGUCCACAACUUCUUUAUACCAGACCAAGAGAUUAAUAUCUUUUAAUCUUGUUAAGAAUUAAUUGCUGGGAUGAUGAUACUUGAUGCAUUUUACAGAAGCUGAAAUUGCGAACGAAUGACUUGAAUUGUGUAGUAUGAUGUGAUAUAUAUGAACCCAAAACGAAUUUAUUUUUCUUAUAUAA